GACAGAGGGCAACACGGUUGGAAAGUCGACCGCGCCAUCGGCCACCCACCAGUUAAGAUUUGCAAGGAGAGCUGACAUAGUGUCGCCAUUAUCCGUCGAUCGCGAACGGCGCCGCCCCCAUCGCCGGCGUUCUCCGCUUUCCUCGUCCGUGCGCCUCCCCCUCUCCACCCCUGGCUCAUCUUCUACACCUCCCCGUCAACUGACGCGCUGCAGCUGCCGUGCUUCUGACUGCCAUCUCGCUUCUCCGCGCUCUCCCCGUAUCGCCUCCCCGCCGCGUCGGCCGCUCGCCGGCCGAUCUCCCGCCACCUCUCCGUGGGCGUCCCUCUGCCUCCCUUAUCCUCUGUGUCCUCCCAUCACAUCUUCCCCACUUUUGGGGUGGAGACCUGGAGACCUUCCGGAUCCUCGUCGCCGUAAAAGCUCGCCGGAGGAGUCGCCAGAGAACAAGGCCCCACGGAUAUGGCCAUGACGUCACGUCGUCAAGCUAGGAGAGACAUAAGCAUCGAGGGGAUGACGCGCCCCGUCGCCGUCGACCACCGCAUCAGUCUCCCCUAUUACUUCCGCAUCGCCGACAAUCUCCUCCGCCAGGCUAACAUAUAUCGCGAGGAAAAGAACCUCCUGGACCUAUACAUUAUACUCCUGAGAUACUCGAGCUUGUUGUCCGAGACAAUCCCAAAGCAUCGUGAUUACCACGCAUUCAAGUCAAGAGAAAAGGAAUUCUUGAAGAAAGGGCCACAUAACUCAGAUAAACUCUUGAAUGUCAUUAGUGAGCUAGAGUCUCUCAAGCCAAUUGUGAAGCGACAAAUUGCUGAGCUUACUAGAGGGGGUGCAGAAGAACCUGAUGAACUAUACGGAACCUAUGCUGCAAAUAGUACAAGCAGUAUGAUGGAUCAACUUGCUCCAAGUCCAUAUAUGGCACAGCCAUUGUUUGGAAGCUCAGCAGGAUCAUUGCAGAAAUCAUUCUCUAGAGGGAAUCAUCAAGGGGCAUCACUGCAGGGUGUCGAACUUGAUAGGCAACUAGUCAAAUCAUAUGCCAAUUUGCCUCGACCAAAAGAAGAAACAUUAUCCAGACAUUCAAUACUUGGACCGAAUGGCCUUCAUGGUCAAUGGACAGGGCCUGUCACUGGUGUCAAGAUCCAGUAUCCAAGUUACCCGGAACUAACCCAAAGUGAUAUUCCUAGUUUAGUGCCAGCAAUCUUGAACGAAAAUGGCUCAUAUGGUCCUAGUACAAGUACAACAUCGCAGGAUGGCCCUGCAAAUAACAGUGGUGAUAUGCAGUCUGUUCUCUCACUUGAUGAUGGUCGAUGGUCUUUACCAAUAGAAGAGCCAGCCUCUGUAUCUCCUGCUGGUUUCGAGGCAGAAUUUUCACAGCUGAAUAUCAGGCAGCCUGCUCCCCCACCAGUCCUGGCACAAGUGCACCCUGAACAUAGACCAAUUUCUCCAUCAAGAGUAGCUGAUCCAAGACCAGGACUUGCUACCUGUGACACAGGACGUUUUCAGAAUUUGCAUGUGCCGGUAGCAUUAAUGGAGUCUUUUCUGAGGCUUGCUGAGGCAAAUACUGCAAACAAUUUGGAAACAUGUGGAAUUCUUGCUGGUAACCUGAAAAAGAGAACUUUUUAUGUGACGACGCUGAUAAUUCCCAAGCAGAAAUCAACAUCUGAUUCAUGUCAGGCUACAAAUGAAGAAGAAAUAUUUGAAGUUCAGGACAAAGGCUCACUUUUUACUCUGGGUUGGAUUCAUACUCAUCCAUCACAGACCUGCUUCCUAUCUUCCAUUGAUCUUCACAAUCAUUAUUCUUAUCAGGUCAUGCUUCCUGAAGCAAUUGCAAUUGUUAUGGCACCUACUGAUACAACAAGGAAACAUGGUAUAUUUCAUCUCACAGAUCCAGGUGGCAUGGGUGUGAUCCACGACUGCCAGGAGAGUGGAUUCCAUCCUCAUGAGGAGCCCCUAGAUGGUACUUCAAUUUACGAGCAUUGCUCACAUGUGUACAUGAACCCCAAUGUGAAGUUUGAUAUGGUCGACCUCCGUCAAGUGUGACGAGCCUUACUCUAUUUAACAAAGUUUGGCGUUUUUACCUCAUGGAGAUACAGACCACAAUUUGUUUUGUUUAUUUUUACUGUACUGACAGACUUGUAAGUACCAUGUGAUAGUUUGUAUAUAGCUAUUAUAUAUGCCACUAAUUUCCAUGUAUAGAGGUUUCUUUGAGGCGCGGGAUAUCAUGAGCUUGUGUUAACAUCUCUUGUGUAUCUCAGUUUUAUAUUGGGUUGUAGUAAGAUUUUGUCAUUUGAA